AUGAUUUCAACGCAAACAAAAGCGAAGCCGAUUGGGGCGACAAUAACGCUAGUGACGAUCGAGCCGACAUCAAAACCCAAGACCACGACUACAUCGGAGGCAAAGAGCAAGAUCAAACCAGAGACAAAGACUAAGGCAAACCCGGAGGCAAAGACUAAGCCGGACACGAAAACAAAGGGCAAUCCCGAGGCUAAGGGAAAGCCAACGAAAGAAGCAAAGAUCAAGUCGGACGCAAAGGCGAAAAGCAAGCCAGAGACAAACAGCAAACCUGAAACAAGAACAAAAGCUGUGCCGAAGGAGGCCAAACCCGAAGCAAAAAGAGGGCCACAAAUAAAGACAAGAGUUGUACCGAAGAAAAAGAUCAAUCCUGAAACAACAACAAAGCCAGAAGUGAAGGCAAAAGUGAUGCCAAAGAAAAAGACCAACCCAGAGAAGAAGAUAAUGAUUAGCCUGGGGACGACGACGAGGAUCUUGCUGGGAUAA